UCUCGCGAUGAUGACCAACCAGAUAGCGGUAACAUCGGACGAUUAAGUACCGCAACAGUCUCGUUAUUACUGCGUGAUGACUUUGUCCGGAUGUUGAAAUAUGUAACUUUUUUAUUCAGAUGUAAAAUAAGAUACAUUUAUUUUGCUUUGGUGUUUUUGCGGCCUUUGAAUUAAGUUUACUGUUAUUACAGUAAGAGGUUUUACAUGUGAAGAGAAAGAAAAAAGGUGAUUAGAAAGAAAGAAAGAUGUUCGAGACAGAAGGCGUUUUUAUUAUCCUGGAUGUCACCUGCGUCGUCCUUGCUGGACUUCCAUUUGCAGUAUUAAACAUACAACACACUCCAUUCAAAAGAGGAUUUUUUUGCAGUGAUGACACCAUCAGGUACCCGUACAAAGAAGAUACUAUAUCUUAUCAGCUGCUAAUGGGAAUAAUGAUUCCAUUCACAUUAUUUGUACUCAUUGGUGGAGAGUGUAUUUUGGUAUAUCUUAGAUCUAGAUCUGCCGUAAUGAAAGUCUACGUUGCCUGCAUCUACAAAGCUGUUGGGUCGUUUAUUUUUGGAGCUGCAAUAAGUCAGUCCCUGACUGACAUUGCAAAGUACACCAUUGGCCGACUGAGGCCUCAUUUUUUGAGCAUUUGCAAGCCCAAUUGGAGCCUUGUGGAUUGUAAAUCAGGUUACAUUGAGAACUUCUCUUGUACAGGGGACAAGGCCCUGGUCAAUGAAGGCAGGCUUUCAUUUUUUUCCGGACAUUCGUCCUUUUCCAUGUAUUGUAUGCUGUUCCUUGCACUUUAUCUUCAAUCAAGAAUGAAGGCAGAAUGGGCUCGAUUGCUAAGGCCAACUAUCCAGUUCUUCUUAAUUUCAGCAUCUGUGUAUGUUGGUCUGUCACGGGUUUCAGACUACAAACAUCACUGGAGUGAUGUUCUUACUGGUUUCAUACAGGGAGCUAUUGUGGCAAUAUUUAUAGUGAUCUUCGUGUCAGAUUUCUUUACGGCCUUACAUAAAGGGGACAAAGAAGAAAUCUCACACACCACCCUGCAGGAGGCCACAAAUGAUAUUAGCCACUAUGGGAGCACUGAGUGAGGAGGCUAAAUUGCUUCCAUUAGAGAAGGACAUUUGACUGAUGAACAGCUGUUUUUGAAACCUCAAGUAUAAUCAUAUAUAGAGUUUGUAGUCAAUAUUUCACAGACCAAACCUAUUGUAGGUUUUAAACUGUAAAUCAACCACAAGUGAAUCUUUAUGCUUUUGAAUUUGUUUGUCUUCAUGAGAUUGUUUGCGUCAUGAGAUGCAGUGUCUCAGUAAAAAUCCAUUUGAAAUGGAAGGUUAUGUAUAUAACUGUGGUUCUACAGCUAAUUUGACUCCAACCAGGACCUUUUCCUUGAGAGCUUCUUGAGUCUUUCAUGUAUUUGUUCCUCACAGUGUAAAAAUACCAAAGUCAGAACCUUGCAUGUGGAUAGCUUAGUAUAUGUCUUAGCUCCUUUAUAUUCAUUCUUUAGCUGUUCUCAUCAACUAUCAGAAAAUCGCUUGAAUGUUUUUUGAACAUUUUACAUUUUCUAUAUUUCUGAAUACAUUUAUCCUUAAAUAUCAAGUUCUGAAAAAUAUCCCAAUUAAACAAAUGAGACAAAAAUUGUA